AUGUAUUUACGGGUUGCUAUUUACCCACGCGGAGUGAAAGUUGAUCUGAAGCCACCUGAGUAUCAAGGAUUAUAUUCCACUGCUUAUCAAAUUUCAUCAGUUGCAGGUUUUUAUGAUUGUCAGUUCAAAGUCUAUAUGAGUAGACAUGGAGAUUCAUGUGUUGCCUCUGCAACCAUUCAACUCGGAGGUUCCAAACAAGCAAUCAUCAGAACUCGUUGUUGUGUGGAAGUUGUCAACAGAGAUGAAGAAAAGAGUGAAAUUUUUGAAAAAGAGUGUGCAUUUGAGUUAGGCAAAGAGUAUUUUUUGAUGGACGGCUUCACUCUGUUAAACAUUUUCGAUGAGGAAGACGGAUGGAUUAAUAAUGGGAAACUAAUGAUCAAAUUUGGUAUUUAUGCCUACGCGAUUUAUGAACAGAAUAUCUGGUUCUUUAAUUUCAAUGACAGCAUAUUCGAUGCAAAGGAUAUUAACCAGACAAUAUUUUUGGCAAAAAGGGAUAGUGAUGAGAAACUGGAAUGUAAUAAGCAGCUCCUAGUAUUCCAUUCAUCACGAUUUGCCAAAUGUCUACCAAAUAUGAAUAGUAUCAGAAAGUUUUCACCUGAUGUUGAUAUGAAUACGCUCAAUGUUUGUAUACAAAUGGCGCAUGGAGUGCAAAUGCGUUGUGAUGUGUCCACCCUUGACCAUGUGAUUCAAAUAGCUCAUUACCUCAAACUAAGAAAUGUGCAAAUUUAUUGUGAGCGUCAACUUAUCCAUGAAUAUUCUCACCUCAAAGUGACUUCGAAAAUGAUUUUGUUUGCAUUUCGACAUGAUCUUUAUCGUUACUUGUAUCUCAAUCUCCAGAAGUAUGAAUCAUUCAAAGAUUUUCAAGCAGUUCUGAAGAAAGCGGAUAUUCAGAUGAUGUCAACGGAAUCCAUGAAGCUGUGUAUCAAAUCUUUUGUUGAAAAUGAGAAAUGGGAGUAG